CCCCUCAGCCCCUCCCUCCACAGCCGUCUCGCCUAAUAGCAACGCCUCAAGAGAAUGGCCUCAAAAAGAGCGUUGGUGAUUCUAGCAAAAGGGGCAGAGGAAAUGGAAACUGUAAUCCCCACUGAUGUUAUGAGAAGAGCUGGGAUCAAGGUGACGGUUGCAGGCCUAGCAGGAAAAGAGCCAGUGCAGUGCAGUCGAGAUGUCUUCAUUUGCCCUGAUGCCAGUCUUGAAGAUGCCAGAAAAGAGGGGCCUUACGAUGUCGUAGUCCUGCCUGGGGGUAACCUUGGAGCUCAGAACUUGUCAGAGUCUCCUGCUGUGAAAGACAUUUUGAAGGACCAGGAAAGCAGAAAAGGCCUCAUUGCUGCUAUAUGUGCAGGUCCUACUGCCCUUCUGGCACAUGGGAUAGGGUUUGGAAGCAAAGUCACAACACAUCCUUUGGCCAAAGAGAAAAUGAUGAAUGGAGCACACUACCGCUACUCCGAGAGCCGUGUGGAGAAAGAUGGGAACAUCCUCACCAGCCGUGGCCCUGGUACCAGCUUUGAAUUUGGGUUGGCCAUUGUUGAAACACUGAUGGGGAAGGAAGUGGCUGAACAGGUGAAGGUGCCCCUGAUACUGAAAGAGUGAAGCCCUGGUGUGGGACAAGGAGUAGAACAUUGUGGAUGAGAAGUGUUGUCCUCUGUAGAUUAACUGCAUGGUGCACUGUUGUAAAUAUAAUUUAAUUGUGGGUGAAAUUAGCAACUGUACUUACCUAAACUGGGCUACCUUAACAAACCAAUGGUCUGUAUUUCUGGAAACAAAAAUCCUGUUAGCAAAAAGUUUCAUCAUGAAAAAGCAGCCAGCAUCUAAUAAUCUUAGUUAGCUCUUGGAUGACAUUUAAAAAUCACAGAGGAAAAUGUUUGCUGAGUAAAUAAAAAUGUAGCAAUCCU